AUGUCCAUAGGGUACCCAAAUAGCCAGCUCAACGACCAAUCCGAAAAAAACAUGCCAGAAUCCCCCUCGGUCGACAAAUAUGGCUUCAGUAUACAGGAUCGCACUAUCUCCUUCGGUCCGGACGACCGUGAGCCUGGUGCCGAUGGACCAAGACGUGGGAAGAAUGCAGGUCGGGCUCGUUCCUUGACUCGCUCGCGCUCUCGCAGCCGUGCUAGAUCCGUCUCCAAUAUGCAGAUCGAGUUUCAUCGGCUGAGCCACCAAAUCUCCGAAUCGGAGAGGCGUGAGCAAGACGACGAAGACUUGAAAGCCCAGGGCAAAGGGACUCCCGAUAACUCCCGCUAUUUGGAGACCCUGGACUACCACACUCGGUCUGUCGAAGAUCUCUACAAGCGCUUUCACAGUAGCGUUGAGGGGAUCUCUCAGGAGGAAUCGAGUGCCCGUCUAGCCCGCGAUGGCAAGAACGAAUUGCCCCAUAUCCCUCCUAACUACGUUAAGAAGAUCUUGAAGUACAUCUUUGGGGGCUUCUGCUCGAUCCUUUGGAUAGGUGUCAUUAUAUUCUUCAUCUGCUGGCGCCCUCUUGGUGAUCCAGAUCCGGCUCCGUACAAUCUUGGCUUGGCCAUCCUUGUCCUGAUAGUCAUCUUCCUCCAGGCCUCAUUCUCUGCCUUCCAAGACUGGUCCACUGCUCGCACCAUGAAAGCCAUUCUGGACCUGGUACCCACCGAUGCCGUGGUGUUACGAUCCGGUGUCGCCACGAGAAUUCCAUCCACUGAAGUCGUCGUCGGCGACGUUGUCCAGCUGAAUAUCGGCAACAAGGUGCCUGCGGAUCUUUGUCUUCUCGCCACCUCUGGAGAUGUCCGCUUCGAUCGCUCGAUUCUGACUGGAGAAUCCGAUGAAAUCGACGGUUCCCUUGAGGCAUCGGACGCCAAUUUCCUCGAGUCCCGCAACGUUGCACUGAUGGGAACCAUGGUCACAAAUGGUAGCGCAAUCGGCAUCGUUGUGUUGACAGGAAAGGAUACCGUCAUGGGCCAUAUCACGGUAUCAUCUUCCUCGGUCAAGGAGCAACCCACGCUCAUCCAGCGUGAGAUUACUCGAUUCGUCUAUAUCAUUGUCGGACUGACCGUUUGCCUUGCCUCCCUGCUCGUCUUCACCUGGUCUGGGUGGCUUCGAAAAGAUCACCCCGGCUUCAUGAACGUUGUGGCUAUGCUGAACGACGUGAUGGGCUGCGUCGUCGCCUUCAUUCCAGAGGGUAUGCCCGUCGGUGUCGCCCUGACUCUCAUGAUGGUGGCUCGACGCAUGAAGAACAACAACAUCCUUCCCAAGGGUCUGUCCACAGUGGAAACACUGGGUUGUGUCAACGUCAUUUGUUCUGAUAAGACGGGUACCCUGACCGAGAAUCGCAUGAGUGUGAUCACGACCGCGUUUGUGGACUCGAGCAUGCCUGCUGAAGAAGCCUUUGCAGCUUUCACUAAAGGCAACCUGGGGCCACUGUCGAAUCUUCAUAAAGUCGCCGCUCUUUGCAACGACGCGACUUUUGAUCCAGCGACUAUUUCACUUCCGAUCGCAGAGAGAAAGAUACUUGGCAAUCCCACCGACGGUGCUGUUCUCAAAUUCGUUGAAACCGCCCAGCAGGGUGCGGUCAAGGCGAUGAACGAUGAAUAUCCACGUGUCUUCAGCAUCCCAUUCAAUUCGAAGAACAAGUGGAUGCUCACUGUGCACAAGCCUCGGAAGACCGACGACAUUUCUCCAAGCUACCUGCUUCUCAUGAAGGGUGCUUCUGACAUUCUCCUUCCCCAUUGUACGUCCUACUGGUCUUGCAAGACCAAUAGCGUUCAGCCACUGGAUGGAGCGGCCGUGCAGCAGCUUGCAAAAGCUCAGACGAAAAUGUCUACGGGUGCCCAGAGAGUGAUUCUUCUUUGCCAGCGUUCGUAUACAUCGAUCCAGCCCGUUGGAACGAACGCUUUUGGAGACGAGAUUGAAAGCCAAGGCAUCUGCGAUCUCACACUAGUCGGAAUGUUUGGUAUCAUCGAUCCGCCGCGCAAAGAAGCCUCCUCAACAGUAGCAGCUUGCAGACGAGCGGGUGCUCGCUUCUUUAUGAUCACCGGUGAUCUUGGUCUCACUGGAGCUGCCAUCGCACGCGAGAUCGGCAUCUUCUCCGGAGAUGCUGAACCCGAUUCUUUCGACACGAUCGUACAGAGACGACUUAGCAAGGACUCUAUCUCUCAGCCAUCCACAGAUCCUGCUCUCUCGUGGUCGCAGACCUCCCUGCUUCUGGAAGGCCCCUCAAUCUCUCAAUUGACCAACGAAGAUUGGGACGUGGUUUGCGGCUACCAAGAGAUUGUCUUUGGGCGGACUAUGCCCGAUCAGAAGCUUCGCAUCGUCAACGAGUUGCGCAAUCGUGAUAACGUUGUCGCAGUGACCGGCGACGGCGUCAAUGACGCACCUGCAAUGCGUGCUGCUGAUGUCGGCGUCGCAGUGAUAACUGGCAGCGACGUGGCCCUUGAAGCUGCCGAUCUUAUCUUGAUGGAUAAAUUCGACUCUAUCGUUGAUGCCAUUCGCCUCGGACGUUUAGUUUUCCAGAAUCUCCAGAAAGUCAUCAGUUAUCUCCUUCCAGCCGGUUCAUGGUCAGAGAUCUGGCCCGUCCUUCUCAACGUCUUCUUCGGUGUUCCUCUUCCACUGUCUUCCUUCUUGAUGAUCAUCAUCUGCGUCUUCACCGAUCUUUUCUGCUCCUUAUCCCUUAUAAUGGAGCAAGAAGAAUUCGACUUGCUCGAGCUCCCUCCUCGCAACCACAAGAAGGAUCAUCUGAUCAACCUGAAAGUCUACAUCCAAAGCUACCUGUUCAUCGGAGUCAUGGAAACAGUCUGUGCCCAUUCCAUGUACUUCCUCUAUUAUUGGAGACACGCCGGCAUUCCAGCCAGCGCACUUUUCUUCGCAUUCGAGAAAUACACCGAUGGAUUCCAUGGCUACACGCAGGCCGAACUGACGCACUUCAACGUCGUCGGUCAAAGUGUAUACUUCAUCUGCCUUCUCAUUCUACAAUGGGCCAACCUUCUCAGUGUGCGGAAUAAGCGUCUUUCGAUUCUACAGGCUGAUCCUAUUCGCAAGAAGCGCCGAAACCCUUGGCUUAUCGCUAGCUUGAUGGUUAGUCUUUCUAUUGCGGUUUUUGUCACUGAGGAACCGGGGCUCCAGAGAAUCUUUGGCACUGGCUCGGCUCCACUGGAGUUUUGGUUCCUGCCUCUGCCGCUUGCCUUGGGCAUUCUGUGCAUGGAUGAGAUCAGGAAGCUCUCCGUGCGUCUUUGGCCAAAGGGUCCUACUGCUCGGAUUGCAUGGUAG